ACUUGCAUUGCCCCGCUCGGUCCGUGACGCCAGAGUGAGCUGCCAGUUCUCGCGGCCGUCUUUGGCCGCGGGGUCAGUAGACGAUUUUCACGUGGUGAUCCGAUUAGAGCCGAUAGUUAUACGGUACUAGUACGCGCACCAGCAGGUGAGGAGGAGUAUAUCAGCGUCAAUUCUGUCACUGAGAUAUUUGGUCGUGACAGAGACUCUCUAUUCGGGGGACACUCGAUGCUAUGUCCGAUUGUUCACUGCAAUUGAUGCGAUUAUGUAUCCCUUACUCCUGAGAAUUCAAUUCCUGGCCUUGCCGCUUUCUCUCUCGGUCUGGCCGAGCGACAUCGGCUACUGUGCCGAGUACGUAUCCGUAUAUGCCCUCACGCAAUCUUGUAUAGUAUACAUGUUGAAUCUUCAGGAACUACAUUAUGUAUAUAAUUUACAUAGUUGGAAAGUAACUAUGAAAUUGCCAUAUGUACAUUUCAAUGGCCAUCUUCUCCGAGAAGCCGGCAUUAUACGGUCACGUGAUACGACUCCCGGCAUCAUCACGGCCGGCUCCGAAUGCGUCUUGCCGGCCAUUAUCGUGGAGUGAAUAGAAUAAUAACGGAUUCUCAUUCGUAAUUACACGUACGGGUAUUGAUACU